AUGGGUGAUAGUGAUGACGAUUUUGAUAGUCGACGAAAUCAUCGGGAUAAAUUUCGUCGUGAACGUGAUGAUUUUGGAGGAAAUCGCGGUAUUCACAACCGUAGUGGUGGUGGUGAAUGGAACGACGGAAGUCAUGUCCGAUUAGAUGGCAAUGAAGAAGAUCGUUCAAACCAAUAUCGAAGACAAUAUUCCGGUGGUGGACCACCACCCGGCCGCGAUUUUCCACCACGAUACAAUCGAAGUCCUGGCCGAUACGAUAUGAGUCCACCUCACAAUAAACGUGUCCGUCGUGAUUGGGAUGGUCCUGAUCAGCCAUCAUCUCAUUUCGAUCCACCCGGUGGUUCAUCUUAUUUCCACGGUGGCGGUGGUGGAGGAGGUUAUCAUUCAGGUUUCCCACCAAAUGCUCAUCAAUCUCAAGAUCAAUUCAAUAAAGAUACAUCCGAUGCUGUUACACAACCUCCAAUGUACAGUUUCAAAUAUUUCCUACAAGAACAAGAUGAUAACAUCGAUCAAGAAGAAGCCGUUAAACGCUUUAAUGAAUAUAAGCUUGAUUUUAAGAAGACUCAAAUCGCUGAAUUCUUCAACGUACACAAAGACGAAGACUGGUUUUGA